UCUGAUAAGGAUAUUGACAUGGGCGAAGUUCUUGUCUAUGACAGUGACAAGGAUAUCAACGCCACUCAAAAGGAAGCUGUUGAAGGCGAAUUAGUUGGGUCUGCUGAUGAAGACAGCAACGAACAAGAGAGUAGUGGAAAUGAGAAUGAAAUGGAUGAUGCGAAGGAUGUCGGAGAGGUUGAUGACAUUGGAAACCCCAUUGUUGAACUGACUACGGAGGAUCAAUUGGUUGAAGCCAUUAAUGCACCUGUCAAUCAAAAAAAUCCAAUCGAGUCGAACCAGGCAGGGCCUGAAGAUGAAGAUGUUAUUAUGAAGGACUCUGUUGACGUGGAUGAAUCGAUUUCGACUGCGAAAGGUGGAAAGCGCAAAGUCAGUUCCAAGGCCAAAGGCAAGGCAAGGGUGGUUGAAGAACCCCCUCUGACUGAGGCCCCUGAUCUUUCAGUUUAUGAAGUCGCCUCGACACAUGAGGCGAUUGAUCACAACAAGUACUUGCUUGGCUAUGCGAUGGUCAAUGUAGUUCAGGAGCGAUGUGGCGGUGCUGGCGUUGAACUUAUUGGUGGUCCUGGUCAACGUGAACUUAGUGCUUCGCAUGUAGACGUUCUCUAUGAACAGUUCGAAAAGGCUUGCUACAACACAGUUCCGGAGAACGCCAUCACUAUUGUGUUGGCUGACAAAAACAUCGAUCUCAACAGUCUUCAAAUGGUACAGGGGGCUGGCUGGCAGGACAUUUGUUUUACAAAUCAUGCUGCAAAUGCCACUGGAAUUUUAGCGGCUGGUCACCAUCGAGUGGCCGCCUCUAAGAAGAGGUUGGCAGAGGCUAUUUCGGAGUUUGAGACUUGUACAGUCAAGUUGGAGCUGAGAGGAGGCCACCAGCAAGACAUCAAGUUCCGGUUGGAAAAUGCGAGGCAUAUUCUCCAAACGCAAGGGAAAUGGUUGGCAGCUUUUCAUAGUCAUGAGGGCAUUUUGAAGGACUUGGCCAAUGGUCCUGCUAUUCUGACUCGCUUGUGCUCAAAUGCGCAAGUUCUGAGUAAGGCUGAUACACCGGAAACUCACUUUCGCAAGUUCAUGCUAAGUGUGAAUAUGUGUAAAACCUUGGAGGCUCGUCAGCAAGUUUAUCAAAUGACAGCUAUGCUUAGGGGUACACAGGAGCUGGUAGCAGCUCUAGUCAAGGAUCAUUCAGAAAUGUUUGAGGAAUAUGCCAGGCUUACUCCGCUUCCCUCUUUGAAAAGGGACUUUGCAGGAUUGGAUAGCUUCAAAGCUCUGUCAGGAGGACUUUGGCGCUUCCUUUUCCCUUUGUUGCACACAUCUUUGCAGAUGUUGUAUCUCCUUGUCGAUCCCAACCAAGUUGUCAAAUCUCCUAUUGCUGAUGAACUGCAAUCUAGUCUUCUGGUCCACAUUGGAAUGAAACAUCCAGGUGCUGGAAGCAAUCAUUCUGCAGAUUCUUACUUGGCAUUUCGAAACGAUCAGGUCAUUCCUAACAUGGCAACUUACGCCACCACCUUCUUUUCCCAACUUAGUCCGAUGCUUAAAAAGUUCUUGGAUUGUUUGGUCGAGGAAGUUUUCGAGCCUGGCUUUAUGCAGCAUCUGUCAUCAGAAAUUGAGACAUAUGCUGGACCGCCUUCGAAAGCAGACAACUGGUCAUCGAGUUAUCUUGAAUAUUAUAUGAAGGAUAUCGGUCGUAACGCACAAACAGUAGCUGAUGACUUUGUGGAAGAAUUUGGGGACCAACUUAGCGCCUCUGACCGAAGGGUGAUCUCCAAUAUUCGAUCUCGUAUCAGCAUAUACGGUGUCCAUCCCAUCACUCUUAGGACCCAGGGAAUUGAACUUAGCUUCACCCCCUUUCUGUGCCCUUCCUUCAUUACAGCAAUGAUUGCUCAAGUUGUGGAAGCACAUCCUGGCCUCAACUUGACAGUAUUCCUUAUUCAGCCUGGACUUCAUACUGCAAUAUGCCGGCUUGGACGUGCAAGUAACCGUGUCGACUCUUAUAACAGCAUCCCCUUUGGUGAUCGAGCAGAAGCUAUUGCUUAUGCUCUUGCUUAUCGGUCUGUUAAAGCCACCCAAUCUCCUUUGUUGCCUAUAGAGAUUAAUUCGGUAAGGGUGAAGUUUCUUAAAAUUGCCCAACUAUUCUUUGUGCACCGCCAUGUGUUCAAACAGUAUGCGACUCCUAUUCGGAAGGCACUACCUGAUGUCUUACCUCCAAAACAAGUGUUUGCAACUGAAUACGCUUCCAAUCUUUCACUUGGAUCCCAGGCGUACCACACUGCAGUUGAUCGCUGGCGCUUUGCAGCAAAGGCACAACUUUCUGCCCAAGGGAUGAAGUCCACAACUGGUGGGAUACCUGGUCUUGAUAGGGUUUUACCAUUCCCUCCAUCCAAUGUCAAGGUCCAGUUAAGCCGUAUUCCCAGUGUUGGCUCUGUUACCUGGGUCGAGUCUUUGCGACACAUUGGUUGGCCUUGGCUUCAAUACGGUGGCACUGCUAAGCGCAGUAUGAAUAAUCCCCUUCCAACUGAUACUGCUAUCUUCGAGGGCGUGUAUUAUGACAUGAUUCUUCUUGACAAGUUCAUUGCUCCUCUUCUUCACAAAUCGUCUCUUGCCAACUUCCAUCGGGAACUUAAGCAAGUUAUUCCUUCACCUUGGAUUGAUCCUGUUACAAAGGAACCCCUUUGUUCACUGUGGGUGGGGCCACCUUUCCCUGCUGAUCAAUGUGAAACCGAUCUACUUGAAGAAGGCGAUGGGGAGAAAGACGAAGAUGAUUUGGAAUAUGACAAUCGCCUUGCAAAAUUCGACCACGCUAUGGCGAUACAAGUCAAAAAGGCAAAGAGUAUCUAUGCCAACCUCGACAAGCAGAAUCUACGCUUCAAACGAGGUAAAAAGACUAUUUCUGUGGCCCAUCCGGAGAUUGUGAAACAGGCGAAUAACUUGGUGGACUUGUUUAUUGGGAAUGCAGUGUAUGUGGAAUCCUAUAAUGCUGGAAUCAAGGAGCCACUUCAGUACAUCAUGCUUGACGAUGAAAAACGCGCCCAGUUCAAAGUCCAAUAUCAAAAGUGGUGGGAUAUGUUGGAUGCUGCUGUUCAAGUUGCUGAUCCACAAGAGGUAACUGCUUUCGACAAAGCUGUAGCUGAUGCCAACACAGGACAUAAUCAAUGUAUUGCAUUUGGUGAUACUGAUUCUCAGAAAUGGCCUAUUCCCUUGCAUGUCAUUGGAGCAGAUGAUAAGGCAGCGGGCAAGAAGCGCAAGGCAGGUGGAGAUUUAGCAGUAGCAUCCUCUAGUAAGACCAAGUCAACCAAGGGUGGUAACAAAAAAUCCAAGGUUACUAGUGUGGAAACGAUCAGUGCUUCAAUGGAUGCAAACUAGUUUACAGUGUUUUAUGUGUACAAAUAUA